AUUUCAUUUUCUUAUCACAGGGCCACAGUGGAAAUGUGUGUGAUCCAGCAAGAACAGGGCUGAAGAAGAGAGAGCAAAGCAGGGAUAAUCACAAUGGCUAGUCCUGUUUCACGGGUUGCUGUAGUUGGAAGUGGAAUUUCAGGAGCUGUGUGUGCCUCACUGCUUGCUAGAAAUGGGGUGUCAGUGACUCUUUUCGAGUCUGCUAGAGGACCUGGUGGUCGAAUGUCUUAUCGAAAAGAAAUUACUGAAGAUGGGAAGGAGCUGGUAUUUGACCAUGGUGCUCCUCUUUUUACUGUGAGCAACCCUGAUGUUUUGGGUAUUGUUAGAGAGUGGGAAGCAAGAGGUCUUGUUGCUGAGUGGAAAGAGAAUUUUGCGUCUUUUGAUUGUAUCUCCAGGAAAUUCAUUGACUUUGAAAAGGAAGGAUUAAGCGAGAAAUAUGUGGGUGUCCCAGUCAUGAAUUCUAUUUGUAGAGCAUUAUGCCAUGAACCUGGAGUGGAAAGUAAGUUUGGUGUGGGUGUUGGGAGCUUGGAGUGGUUUGAUGAAAAGAACUUAUGGUCGUUGACUGGUUUGGAUGGACAAAAUCUUGGCAAUUUUGAGGGAGUGGUUGCAUCAGACAAAAAUAUAUUUUCUAAAAGGUUUACAGAUGUAACAGGACGACCACCGCCUCUUGUUAUGAUCCAUACAGAUUUGAAUUUGAUUCCAGAGUUGGCAGCAAAAUUGCAAGAAGUUCCUGUUUGUUCGUGUUUUGUUCUCAUGCUGGCAUUUACAAAGCCUCUGUCUUCUAUAUCUGUGAAAGGCUUCUCAUUUAAGAAUUCUGAAAUUCUGAGCUGGGCCUUCUGUGACAGCAGCAAGCCAGGGCAUCCUGCUACUAGUGAACGUUGGGUAUUGCAUUCAACAAUGGAGUAUGCAAGGGGCGUUGUUGCUCAAAUUGGAUUACAGAAGCCAUCAAGUUCAACAUUAGCAAAAGUGGCUGAAGAGCUAUUUGAAGAGUUUCAGAGGACAGGACUUACAAUAUCUCAGCCAUUUUUCAAAAAGGCUCACAGAUGGGGAAGUGCUUUUCCAGCUGCAAGCAUAGCCAGGGAGGAGAAAUGCCUCUGGGAUAGGAAGAAGAGAGUAGCCAUUUGUGGAGACUUUUGUGUUAGCCCAACUGUUGAGGGUGCUAUACUUAGUGGCAUGGCUGCAUCCUCAAAGCUCACAGAAUUCCUUAGUUGCUUAUAAUGAUAAAAUGAUCAGGAUCUAUAAUUUGGAUUAGCUUUGCUAAAAUGAUGAUUAUAGAGUUGAUAGACUACUGCCAUUGGUUUAAAUUUUAUGAAUUGUGUAUCGAUGUGAACUAAACCCGAAUUAAUGCACUAAUCAUUCUGUAAUAACACUGCCAAGCUUUUCUUAA